UGUGCUGGUCUGUAGGAUUCUCAUUUGACUCAUCUUGAAACACUAAUUAAGGAGUAACUACUAUGGAUAAGAUUUUUAACUCCCCUUUGUUACCUACCAAUGUAUAUCAAAUAUGCACUAAGAGAACUCGGUUUACAGGGUUCAAACAGCCAUUAGCUGCUUGUUGUGGAUAUGGUGGCCUUCCACUAAACUUUGAUGCUCGAAUUGCUUGUGGAGUAACCAAGAUUUUAAAUGGUACAUUGGUGACAGCAGGGCCAUGCAAUAACACUGCUGAGUACAUUAAUUGGGAUGGGAGCCAUUACACAGAAGCUGCUAAUCAAAUCGUUUCAACACAAAUUCUGUCUGGGAAGUAUUUGGAUCCCCCUUUACCAGCAAAAAACUUCAUUUCCCAUCACACUGCAACUUGCUACUGAGAACUUGCAUCGUGUUUGGGUAGAGUGAAAUUUACAUUACUGACGAUAUCAACAAACCGAAAAUAAAAUGCUGAUAAAUCCUAUAUAUUGUAUUGUUUAGCUUGGUCCAUUAUUACUGUUGAUAUGUUAAUGUUGACGGGCUAGAUAUUGAUUGAAAAGGUACUAGUCCUAUCUAUCCACCUCUUUGGUUGUGUCGUGCGUUAAUAAAGUGAGAGAGCUAUGCGUUUUCGAUCA